UUUGGAAGCUGAUAAAGGUUGGUUUUUUACUUCAAAAGAGGGAUCAAAAGAUGGGAUUUUGGAAGUGGAGCUCCUUCUUCUGGGGAGGAGGAGAAGGCCCUUCCUCUGGCUUCGGCUCUUCCUCCACCGCGGAGGAGGUCACCCAAGGGAUUCGUGCUGGCCAUCUCACGGCCAUAGUCACAGGGGCAACCAGUGGGAUCGGAAAGGAGACUGCGAGAGUUCUGGCGCUGAGGGGCGCCACUGUCGUCAUUCCAUGCCGGACCCUGGAGAGUGGCAGGAAGGUUAAAGAAAGCAUUUUGGAGCACAACCCGGAUGCCAGGAUUGAUAUCAUGGAGAUGGAUUUGAGCUCACUUGAUUCGGUUGGGUCUUUUGCUCGCGCUUUUAAUUCGUCGUAUCAGCACCUAAACAUCCUCAUUAAUAAUGCAGGGAUUAUGGCUAGUCCUUUCCAGCUAUCCAAGGAUGGAGUAGAGCUGCAAUUCGCUACGAAUCACCUUGGACAUUUUCAACUAACAAAUCUGUUAUUGGACAAGAUGAAAAAAACUGCCAAAGAAACAGGCAUUCAGGGAAGGAUAAUCAAUGUUUCAUCCUUGGGUCAUACCAGACAAUUUGAUGAAUCCUGUUUUAAUCUAGAGAAAAUAAAUGAUCAAUCUAAGUAUGCACCUUUUGGGGCAUAUUCUCAUUCAAAGCUGGCAAACAUAUGGCAUGCGAACGAGCUAUCUCGGCGUUUACAGGAAGAAGGCAGCAAUGUGGCAGCAAACUCUCUACAUCCAGGAGCAAUAAGUACGAACUUAUGUCGCUACUUAAACCUUAAGCCAUUUAUACUGGACUCUAUUGCUGCUGUGAUGAAAGCCUUUGUAAAAUCCAUACCCCAGGGUGCAUCGACGACUUGUUAUCUAGCUCUACAUCCUGACAUGAAAGGUGUAACAGGCAAGUAUUUUGUCAAUUGCAAUGAGGCAUUGCCUUCUUUCACGGCAAGAGACAGAGUCUUAAGCAGCAGAUUUUGGGACUUCAGCCAAGAACUUCUGAAAAGGCUAGGAGGGGGAAGAUGAUGCAUCUCGAAGGGUUAUCUUUGAAAUUCCAGAACAAUGAUGUUGACUACAAUUUCUAAGAUUUGUAAUCAAUGACAUAUAUGCUUUUUCUAGGCUCACAAAUAAUCUAUACUUAUGUUAAUGAUGUUUAAGAACAGCCAGUACUUUUCUGAACUGCAAAAAAAAAAAAAAAAAAAAAAAGGAACAAGUUUUCUA